UGGCGAUAGAGCACGUUUUCUUUGAUUUCUUUCCAUCAUUAAGUAGACGAAAGAGACAAACGAGCCUCCUCGCCGUCCGCCAUCUUGCUAAGACUUCCGGUGGUAAUGAUGGCAGGUACCUACAAACCCACCAAAACCAACAUGACGACGGCGGCAGCCGUUUGAUUCGUCCCAGGAUGCCCACCGGCUGUGCGCACGCAAACUGUCGCAAUGUGGUCGGAAAAUUCCGCGGAGUCACGUUUCAUAAAUUCCCGAGAGAACCCGAGAAGCUUUCCCGGUGGACGAAAUUCAUGAAGAGACACGAGAGCUGGGUUCCGAAGUACUACGACCGGGUCUGCAGCGUCCACUUCAGCAGCGAACAUUUCGACCGAACCGGGCAGACCGUGAGGCUGCGGGACAACGCCGAGCCGUCCCUCCCUCACCUGCCCUGGCGCUUCCCUAAGAGUAGGAAGCUCCGAAAAUCUGUCAACAGGACCAGGAAGCGUCCCUCCACUCAGAAUGAUUCCACCCCACCGCCAGAGGAUAACAGUGAACCUACACCUCAGUCUCCAUCUCCCAGCAACAGUGAACCUCAAGAAACCAUCUGCAACACAGAAGAGCAGCCAGCGUCUCCUCGUAAUGUUUUACAGAAUGAAAGUGAACCUGUCCAACAGUGCUCCAUAUCCAGUAACAGUAAACUCGUCCAAACUGCGAACAGCACAGGGAAGCGCCUGGCCUCCUCCCAGAAUGCUUCCCUCUUCUCAGCGGAAAAGGAAGGCCAAGCCCCCGAGCAGUGGUCCCUUUCCACCUUCCACACCUACGCUGGCUCCAACGAAGACUUCAAGCUGAAGUGGCAGCAGGCCGAGCGGAGGGCGGAAACCUUGAGUCGGAAGCUGCGUACGAUAACCCGAACCGCCAUGCUCCUCAAGAAGAGCAUCUCCUCUUUGAAGGAGGAGCUAAAGGAGAGCAAUCUUCUGAAAGAGCGACUCCAGCAGAAGCUCGACACCGUUGAAGCUUUCCCCUACGACUUGUUCCAGUUGGCUGGUUCGUCUGGUUAUACAGAGGAACAGAAGAACUUUGCCCUCACACUCCACAUGCAAAGCCCCAAAGCUUAUAAAUUCCUGAGGACGAAGAUUAGCUUACCUUCAACCAGAACUUUGAGAAGGUGGAUCUCGGAGGCAGACGACACCUCCGACAUUAACGGGUCGAUGCUGAAGCUGGGGGAAGAGAUAGAAAGCGACUCGCCCAGCUAGUCCCGCAUAAAGAUGAUUGGAGAACAGGCGAAACAUUUCUGUGACGGCGACGAUUUGAUUGAAUACUGGCGCUCGCUCGGCUCUCCAUAACCACAAGACUGUCGAUGAGGACGCGGUCAAAACCAACUUUUCAGAGGUUUCUUUAAAAAAAUCUUUUUUUUUUCAGUUCUGAACUUAUGAAGCAAACUUCUGCUGAACGAAAUGAUCAAAUUCACUUUUACAAAAAUAAAAUGUUUUACCAAAAAUUA